ACAUAAAGCAGAAAGGUGACACGGCCUGCUCUGCACAACCACUUCCUCCUGCCAUUCUGUUGCAGCCGCCAUCGAGCACUCACUCGCAAUCCUCCGUCCACCAGGAACCAGGAAAGGGUCAUCGGGAGACAACGCCUGCUCCUCCGUCCGCGUUGCAAGGCGGACGAGAUCACGUGACACCCUCCGAGAAGGGCGCCCCGCUUUCGCUCGACCUCUUUCGCGAGAUCCAAGACGUCGGCUCAUCCGCUCGCGCUCCAGAGGCAUCGCCCUCCUCUUUCCUGCAUUCGCUCUUCUUAAAGGGUGGCCUGUGGGGGGCUUGAGAACCGUGAGGACCGCGAACGCUUUCUAGGCCGAUCCGCACUGCUAUCAGCCACGCGAGCCAUGGCAUCGUCCUCGACGCCCUCGUCGUCCUCCGCGGCGGCAGCCUUUGAGCUGCCUGCCAUGCCCGGUCCAUACGAAGACUUUGACUUCACACUGGACCUUCCCGAGAAUAUCACUUCGUCCGAUCUCAACCUCAUCGCUUCGCCCGGUUUCGGCGACUUGUUCGGCGGUGGACUGUCGUCAGGGUCGCAUGCGCCCAUUGGCUCCUCAUCCUCGUCGUCAUCAAUGAUGUUUUCGCCUAGCCUUCCGUCCAGCAGCAUGUCCUGGUCGAACUCGAGCCAGACGACACCCAGGCAAAGCUCGACGAUGGAUCGUGGCGAUGCUCUCGGGCUCGGUCUUUCGGGAAGUCAGCUCACUGCCGUUCCCUCCGAGUCGUCUGGGCAACCGAUGUCUGGGCCACCGCCUCCUCCCUUUUCGCCCCCGGCGGGUGGCUCUCUCUUCUCAUUCGACGACAUAAUGGCACAGCCUCAGAUACAGCAUCGCGAACCACCAGAAAAGCAAUUUCAAACACAUUCACAGCCACACCAGCACCACUCUCAGCCCAAUCACUACCCUCAACACCAAGACCUCGGUUCAUUGUUCAAUGCUAACGAGUCAAAUUUUCUCACGUCGUUUUUGUCCAGCUUCGAUGGCUUCGACUUCAACCCAACGUUGCCAGCAGACAUGCCCUCUUUUGCCAACGCUCUGGAAAAGGGGGCAGCGUCGCUAACGUCGGCUGAGACAGCCAUGGCGAGGCACCGAAGACGAAAUGGGCCGCCAUCGAACAGCGCUGCCAGCCCGACAAAGAGCACAGGGAGCGGUGCGACACCCACGGCAGGUGCCGCAUUUGGACAGGCUCUCGAGGGCUUGAGCGACGACGACGAGGGUGCAGACGAUGUCUUGUCGGCCAGUCGGCGAAAGAGGGGAAACAAUGCUGCUUCCGCCAUGGAUGUCUUUCCGCACCUCCGUCAGCAACAGCAGCACCAGCAGCAACAGCUCCAGCAGCAUCCUCAACAUUACCAUCAUCAGCAUCACUUCGACAAUGGUAUUUAUGGCAUAUAUCCUGGUUCGGCCAAUAAUAAUCAGGGUUUCGAUGUCUCCCUGGCGACCAUCGGAAAUGGCAAGAAGAUGAAGACAGAACACGGCGUCUCAUCGACACUCUCUUCACCCGACACGAUUUCGCAACACCAUCGGCGUCCUUCGUCCAACCCCAUCAGCCAAGCCUCACCCCAGCACUCUUCAUCUGCUGCGACGGCAGCAGCAGCAGCAGCGGCCGCGGCAGCGGCAAAGAAGGAUCUGUUGAGCGAAGGCGAGAAGCGACAGAACCACAUCCUUUCAGAACAACGUCGGAGAAACCACAUUCGAGAAGCAUUCAAGGAGCUCGUCGAUCUUCUCGAAGCCGGUCGAGAAUUUGGUGCUCGGGGCUUGGGCCUGAGCAGUGGUGCGGGGACCGGCAUCGAAGAUGAAGGCUUGGAUGAUCGCAGCGAUUACGAAAGCACAUUGGAGGACGAGGAAGCCAGCGCAGCCAGCAAGAGAAGGAAGGCAAAGGCGAAGAGGGCGACGGCAGCAGCAGCUGCUGCGCAGGCCCAAGCGUCGGCUAUCUCGACGCAGGUGGGCUCUAGUGCUGCCGCCGCCGCAAGAGGGUCAGCGUCGACGAGGGGAAGGGGAAAGGGAAGAGGGAGAGGAGGCUCGGCUGGUGGUGGCGCAGGAAGCAAAAGCGCCGUCUUAUUUCAAGCCGUAGACCUCCUGGUGUGGCUACAGGGCAAGAACGAGCACCUGGAGAGGCAUGUCAGCCUCUUGGAGCAGGCGGCUGCAAACGCAGGGACGGCCCAAGAUGGAAGGACGACACCUUUGAUACAAUAGAUUGUAGACGCCCAAUGUAGUGUAAAACAGCCUCAUUCCCUCUAAUUCAGCAAUUAGCAACCAGAGGAAGCCGACAAGGCCAAAGCCUCUGCCUCGA